AUGCAAAGUACCAUCGUGCUGGAUGCCGGCUCUGGUAGUGUGAAGGCGGCGUUCAGCAGCGCCACCGCCCCCACGUCCUUUCCGUCGCUGGCUGGUCGUGUAAAGUACAAGCCAUUGUUUCAGACCUCUCAUGGAUGCGAUGUGGUGUCUGUGGGUAAAGACGCUGCGGAGCGUCGUGGCCUGCUUCAUCUCACGUACCCCAUUCAGCACGGGAUUAUUGUUAACUGGGAUGUCUGGCAGCUGCUCCUGCAACAAAUUGAGCAACAGUUGGACGCGUCAUUGGCUGAAAAGAGUGUUUUUUGGGUGGAGCACCCGUUUAGUUCUCGCCCUCAGCGAGCACGUGUAGCGCAAAUCCUUUUUGAAGAGAAGGGUAUCUUCGGUAUGUGUGUGGGUAUCGCACCCCUUUUGUCUCUCUAUGCGACAGGCGAGACAACUGGAAUUGUGCUGGAUGUCGGCGAGGGUGUUUCUUCCGUGGCGGCGGCAGUGCAGGGGUACGCUGUCACGGGGAUGAUGCAACGGGAAGACUUUGGAGGUGGCGCCGUGACUCAGUACCUCCAACGACUGUUACGCGAGUACGGCAGCUACAACACUGCAUAUAAUGAUAGCGGUAGUACGAGCCCUGGUGAGGGUAAUGGGUAUCAUACACGCAGCAUUGUGAACCGUUGUUUUAAUCCGUCACGCUGCGGUGCCGAACGUGAACUCGCGCGCAGUAUCAAGGAGCAGCGUUGCGAGGUGAGUCCACAUCCGGUACCGACAAGCGCCAUCCCCCUGGGUGUUGUGGAAGGAACGGGUGACGGUGUUGGCGGUGGCGAUGGAGCCCUGUUGAAGUUUGCUCAGGCCAUGGCCACAGCAACGCCAAAGAAGCACCGCCUACCCGACGGUACGGAGCUGACACUUGGAUAUGAGUUGCUGCAGGCCCCAGAGGUGCUAUUCAACCCCGCCCUGCUUGGAAAAGAGCAUCCAGGUUUGGCGGGUAUCGUCUCCAAUGCAGUACGGGUAGCUGACAUUGAGCUUCGCACGGAACUGUGCGAACAUAUUUAUUUGACGGGUGGCUCGACGUUACUUAGCGGAUUUGGUCAGCGCUUCCUUUCGGAGUUGCUGCAGCUCACACCGCGUAACUGCCGGGUGCGUAUCUCGGCACCGGCGGAAAGGUCACAUACGGCAUGGUUAGGUGCAUCACUUCUCACUCGACUCUCGACAUUCCCGCAGCAGAUGCUUGUGAGCCGGGCAGACUUCUUGGAGGAGGGUGAGCGCGCACUGCACAACCGCCGUGUGGGCUAA